AUGAUCUUCAAGUCCUUUAAGGCUCUGCUCUUCGUGGAGCACCUCAAGGCCGACUACGAUUCCAGUGCCCCUCAGAUGAGGAAAGCGUGUUCUUACCAGGUUGGCGUUCAGAGGCAUCAAGUUUGUGGUGGAUUCCUGCACUACCUUCGUGAGCUGGAAAGGAUCUCCCCAGCUUCUUCUUUCCAACAAGCGGCAGCUGAUCUGAAGCAGAUGUUCUUGCGUGGACUGUUGGAUCCUGACCUCCAACAUGCUCUCGCUACAACUUUUCCACCUUCCGACCUGAAAGCAAUAUCGGCUUUCAGGCCAUACCAUGCUCGUGUGGAGCAAGCAGCUCGGACUGCCAAAGAAGAGACCGAGACUCGAAUUGCUGAAGAGUUGCGCGCAGCGGAGGCCAAACAGGUCAUGACCAAAUUGCAGAGUGACAUGUCGAUGCUGAAGGAGCGCAUCCCAGAUGAACGUGUUCAAGCUCAGAACACAGCCAAGGACAUCAAGUAUCUCCGAGAUCGACAGAUGCAAGGGCAAGAGUAUGUCGAGAAAUAUUCGGCUGAGCGCAUUUCCUUGGUGGAAUAUGCUGACGGGUAUUUGAUUGCCUCGCUGGAUGCCACUGUGUGGCCUGCAAACAGCAAUUAUUUGAACGAGGCCGUCAGCCACAUGGCUACUGUGCUUGCCAUGAGCAGCUCUCAUAUUGGGUUCGUGCAGUAUCCCGUGAUCAAAAGCCAAACCAACCAGACGACGCUCGUCAAGCACAGGCACGCUUUGGAUUUGCUACUCUUGAAAGCGGGCCUGACUGCUUACCACAUGGUGCAGAUCGCCUAUGACAAACCAGACAGCUCAGCCAGAGACACCCGCUGCCUGUCCCAGCUUGCAAUGGUGGUGUUCCACGCAAACUUUGAUGCGUGCGAUUUCAUGGAGAGUCGUGCUGUCAAGGAAGGUAGGUUUGGCCCUGUUCCGUUGAUCCGCGUGGCUGACAUGAUUGGUUUUGAUGAAGCCAGAAGGCCAGCUCCGAGUGCAAGAACUGAACAGAAAGGACUGCCGUGCCAUGACCUCAUGGUUGAUGCCAUGUUGCAGGGCAUGAAUGUGUCGGCUGGAGACCGUGUUAUCUUGCUGGACCUACUGCCGAACAGGCUGCUUGACAUGAAUGCUUUUAAUGGUUGGGAUAUAAUGAGUUUACUGUUUGCAAUCAUCAUUUUUAACCUUUUUUGCGGCGAAUCAUACCCAGCAGGUGGGCGGAGUUUGCUCGUGCUAUGA